UCAUUAAGGAAACUAUUGCAACAUUACAUCCUAGAACAUUACUAGGAAAAAAUGUAUUCUCUGAAUAAAGACAGUUUUUGUAUUAUUUAUGUAUGCUGUGCUCGUUCUUCUUUCAUUUGAUUCUAAAACUCGAAUGAAGUAAUCAACUUUGGAUUUUUCAAACGGAGAACAGCAAGAUGUUUCUCGGGUGUCUACUGGUCCUUACUGUUGUCAUUUGUGGAGGUCUAACAACAAAUGUGACAUAUACAUGCGAAUCCAACCCCUACGUAAAUGGCUGCACAGUACCUGUAAACAUGAGAAAUUACAGACGAACUUACUUGUCGGCUUGUAACAAACAUGAUAUUUGCUAUUCUUGUGGUUCAGCAAAUGGGAUUAGCAGACGAUCAUGUGACAUCAUUUUCAGAGGUUUGAUCGCAGAAGUCUGUAUGAUCCGUAGACCAAAGAGGUUCUGCAACGUACUGGCCUUGAUGUCUUAUACCGCCGUCAGAGUGAGUGGUCGUCGGAGAUAUUCACAAGUCUCUCCAUCUUGGUGUGGUGAAAGAUGGGUUUCAUCGUGUCUCGAUCAUUAAAGAAAAACCUAAAAGCACUUCUUAUAUAUUGCUUUAUCUUAAAGCUGUAACAACUAAUUAUAUAUGCAAUUUGAUGAUGGAUAUUAAAGAAUAGAACGUUCAGCGCUGAAUUAUGGUAGAUUACUUAAUAAAGCCAAUUUUUUUCUUUAUUUCUUGUCGACCUAAAUCAUUGUAAUAAACAGAAACGAUAAUUAUCUAAUUAAUAAAUGAUAACAAUGCCAGUUCUUAUGGUACAAAAUAUUUUACACUUUAUCUUUUCUCUUUAUGGUAUAUGGAGAGUCUUUGUUGUGAUUUAUUAAAGGGAAGUUACUCUUGAGACAAAGAAAACAGGAAGUUCAUUGGAAGCUGAAAGCGAAAGAAUAUUAAAUCGAUUCUUUACAAAAAGAGAUGAAAAUGCGGCAUGAUGACUACGUUUAGAAAAAAAUCAUACCUCUUUUUGAGAAUAGAAAAAUCGUUGAUUUUAAUUUGUCUGUUAACAAGUCUUGUUGCAUAUGUGAAUGGCCAGUGUGAUGAAGGGAAAUUUGGAGAUAAAUGUGUCCUCGAUUGUCACUGUAAGGAUAACCAAAACUGUCCAAAUGAUGGACAGUGUGAUUCUUGUAGUCAGUUAUGGGCAGGUCCUACCUGUCAAGUCCAGUUAGAAAAUAUUGCUCUGUCUAAGUUCACUGAUCAAGGCCCUGAAACAAAGGCUGGACUAGAAAGUAGCAAUGCUGUUGAUGGCAAUAUAACGACAAAUUCAUGGGUACAGAAAAAAGGUGGAAUUGGCACAGUCUGGUGGUAUGUUGACCUUGGACAGGCACACAACAUUUACAGGAUUAUUGUUGACUUCUAUAACCCAGAUAACAAAGAUGCUAAAACACUUGCACGAAUAGAAAGGCGACGACCAGGUUUGAUUAUAACUUUAUCAGACAAUGCUAUCAAUGCUACUGAUAGUCCAUUAGAUGGGGAGCUGAUACAUGAAAGUAACUCCAGUGAUCCAACUAUAACUGUGACACCUAAAUUCAAAGCUAGAUAUGUCAAUUUAGUCAACAAGCGAUCCAAUUCUUCAAACGACAGCUGGUCAAAUUUUCCAAAUCUUGAACUGACGGAGGUUAAGGUAUUAUCUGACAUAGGUUGCUCUAAUGGAACCUUUGGUAGUAACUGUGAUCAACAGUGUGGUCAUUGUGAAGAUGUUAAGUGUGACAGAGACGAUGGAAAAUGUACUGGUAUAUGUAAGCUUGGUUACUAUGGAGAUGGUUGUGACAAAACAUGUCCUAGUAACUGUGACAGUGCAGGGUGUGAGCAAGCAGAUGGAACAUGUAUUGGGAAUUGCAAAGAGGGUUUUUAUGGAAAGACCUGCAAAGAUUCCUGUCCAGUCAACUGUAAAACAAUUUCCUGCUUACCAGACGGAACCUGUACAGAAUGUAAACCGAAAUUACAUGGAGAUAAAUGUGACAAACCAUGUAGCACCUGUAAGACUGCUUGCUAUAAGGACACAGGAAACUGUACAUCAGAUGGUUGUCAGAUGAAUUAUUAUGGAAGCAAGUGUGAACAUAAAUGCAAUCAGACUUGUGUAAUUGGUGAAGGAUGUGAUAUGAUGUCAGGUAUAUGCGGAAAGUGUGAUGAUACAAAUUAUGGUGAUUUUUGUGAAAUAAAGUGUAACACAAAUUGUAUUGAUGAAAAAUGUGAAAGGAAUGGCACCUGUAAACAAGGUUGCAUGGAUAUGAGUUUUCAUGGCAGCAUGUGUGACCAGAAAUGCAGUAGUACGAUCAAAAAUUGUAAUGAGUGUGAAGUUAAAGAUGGAUCCUUGAGUUGUGCAAGCUGUACUAAUGCCACAUAUGGGUCCAAUUGUGAUGAAAAAUGUCCUAUACAUUGUGAAAAGUGUAUCAGCAAGACUGAGUGUACACAUUGUUUAGAAAAAUACUCUGGUAAAACAUGUACGGAAGAUUGCAGUGUUAGUAAGUGCAAAAAAUGUGAUACAGGUGGAAAAUGUUUGAUUUGUGAAAAUGGACUUUUUGGGGAGGAUUGUAAGUACGAAUGUCCAGACCAAUGUGAAACAUGUGAUAGUAAAGACAUGUGUAAGACUUGUAAAAAAGGAUAUUUUUUUCUUAAAAAUGGAUGUAUCAAAUGUUCGGACAAAUGUAUGGCUUGCAGUCAUUAUAGCAACUGUUCUGAAUGUGUACAAGGUCGUUACGGGCCUAGAUGUGAUAGCACAUGCCCUGGUCAGUGCCUAGAAUGUACAUCAGCAGAUGACUGCACAAAGUGUAAAGCUGGCUAUGAUGGAAGAAAAUGUCGGUGUAGUCACAACUGUAACAGAGAGGGAGAUUUAGACUCUUGGUGUAGUGUUGAUGGAAAUUGUUCUAAAGGUUGCAUUGAUGGAAAGUCAGGAAUACACUGUCAGAUAGAUUGUGAUGAUAAAAAGCGUUGUUUGAGAUGCCACCAAUUCAGCGGAAGUUGUGAACAAUGUGUGAGUGGAUACUAUGGUAAGUUUGACGUCUGUGACAAACAGUGUGGAAACUGUUUGAAAGAAUCAUCUGGAGAGGUUAAAUGUGACAUAGAAGAUGGAAAGUGCCCAGGGGCUUGUACUAUAGGGUUCUACAAUGAAAGUUGUAUGUUACAAUGUGCUGAAAAUUGUGACAGUACUAAAGGAUGUAAGAAAAAAACAGGUGACUGUGUGGCAUGUAAAAUUGGCUUUUUUGGACUGAAGUGUGAGAAUAAUUGCAGUAAAAAUUGUUUUGGUAAUAAAUGUAAUCAUACUUCAGGUGAUUGUGAGAAGUGUAUAUCUGGUUUUUAUGGGAGAACAUGUACGCAACCUUGUCCUGAAAAUUGUGUAAAGGAUUGUGAUAAAGAUAGUGGAAUAUGUGGAGGAUGCAAAGACAUGUAUUAUGGUGAUAUGUGUGACAAGGAUUGUGGAAAAAAUUGUGAAUUACGCUGUGAAAGGAGAACAGGGACAUGCUUAUGUAAGACUGGUUUCUAUGGAGAAUUUUGUAACAAGAACUGUUCAGAGACUUGUUUGAGAAAUUCAGGGAUUAUUGAUACAACUGUGGAGAUCAGCAAGAAUGGAGGCUGUGAUCAGCAUGAUGGGUAUUGUACUGAUGGAUGUAUACCAGGCUGGUACAAUAAUACAUGUGAGAGUACAUGUAACAAAAGUUGCAAACAUCAAAUAUGUGAUAGACUCACAGCUGAAUGUAGCCAUGGUUGUGAAAAUGAAUAUAAAGGCAAAUUUUGUGAAACAGCAAUAGUCAAUGUUGCAGAGUUCAAUAUUGGUGUUAUUGUUGGAGCUGUUUUAGGAGGACUGGUUUUCCUGGUUAUUGUUGUAAUUACUAUAUACAUUGUGUUACGCAAGAGAGACCAGCCAUAUAAAUCUGAAAAUCAUAAGAAGAAUGGAACAAAACAUACUAGACCCGAGAUAAUCAACCUUACGUCCAAUGGAGAAACUACUUCAAGUGGAAAGAAACAAACAUUUCAUACAAAGAAUGAAUUAUCCAAGGAGGAGUCUGCACCACUGUUAGCUGCCAAGCCUGAUGAGUCGGAUUACUACAACAUGAACACAGAGAUUCCUGUAGCUAUAUUUACAGAAUAUUUACAGAACAGAAAGAGGGAAGAUCCAGACUGGUACAAACAAGAAUUUCUUAAAUUGCCAAAAGGUUUACUGAAGCCAUGUGAUGAUGCUCAAAGCUUUAAAAACAGAGGAAAGUGUCGCUACAAGCAGCUGUAUCCAUAUGAUGAAACAAGAGUAAAAAUUGAACCUGAACUAGAAGAUGAAACAGACUUUAUAAAUGCUUCAUAUGUUAAAGGUUACAAGAGCCCAAAGGCAUUUAUAGCUGCCCAGGGUCCUGUAGACAGUACAGUGAAUGAUUUUUGGAGAAUGAUCUUUCAGAAGGAUUGUGGGAGAAUAGUGAUGCUGACAAACUUGUUUGAAGAAUGCAAGAUGAAAUGUGUUCGUUAUUGGCCAGAGACAGACGAGCCCCAGAAGUAUGGUUGUUAUGAGGUUAUCAUGCUCACAGAGGAUGAACUGCCAAACUAUACAAAAAGACAUCUACAAGCUACUAAUUGUAAAACAAAUGAAGUAAAAGAUUUUCAGCAUUUACAUUUUACGGCGUGGCCAGAUAGGGGUGUUCCAGAUAAUCCUAGUGUGAUGCUGCAAUUUAGAGAUAUAGUUAUGAGUGAACACACUUUCCUUGAUGGUCCAAUAUUGGUACACUGUAGUGCUGGUAUUGGGAGAACAGGAACAUUUGUGGCAUUGGAUUAUCUUCUGAAACAAGCUCAUGUUGAACCAAAAAUAGAUUUGUUUAAAACUAUCACAGAUAUGCGAUACCAAAGAACAAAUUUCGUCCAGACAGAUAUACAGUAUGAGUUUGUACAUAAUGCAAUAGCUGAAGCACUAAAUACGAAGGAUUCAGAAGUGACAGAGGUUGAGUUUAGUCAGUAUUAUUGGUCUAUGCAGGAAGACGGUACUGAUUCAAGCAAAACAAAGCUUCAAGAACAAUUUGAGAUGAUAAAUCAGAUGUGUGCACUGCCAGAUGAAACUUGUUAUUCUGCUGGUAGUAAGGAGGAGAAUAUAGGGAAGAAUCGUGAUCGUGAUAUACUGCCCCUCGACUCAUGUAGAGCUUAUUUGUCAACUCCAGUAAAAGGCUCAAAUGAAUAUAUUAAUGCUAUUUUUGUGCCUACAUGUUCCAAUAAGACAGGGUUCCUGAUUACACAGAUGCCAUUACCACAUACAGUAACAGAUUUCUGGCGUUUAGUGUAUGACCAACAUGUCUCUAACAUUGUCAUGAUGAAUAAUGUUGAUGAUGAUGAUGAGGAGACAGCGGAAUACUGGCCGUCUGAUGAUAGCACAUAUGGACCAUUCAGGGUGAAACUGAUCAACUGUUACGAUAAUGAGGAGUUCUCAGUCAUGACUAUACAGUUAACACAUACUUCAAUGAGUAAAUUGACAACAAUGGAGGUGAAGUUGUUCAGGUAUGAGGGGUGGGCAGACAAUGAGAGUUUACCUGAGACAACUUCGUCCUUGACUUCUCUUAUUAGCCGAGUGUCAAUGUCACAUAGAGAUUCAAAAACUGAAGCAGUUAUAGUGCAUUGCAUGAAUGGUGCUGAUCGUAGUGGAUUGUUUUGUGCUGUAUCAUGUGUGUUGGAGAGGUUACAGAUGGAGAAGAAAAUCAACAUUCCUCAAACAGUGAUGCAGCUCAGGGCUAGAAGACCCCAACUCAUCAAAACAUUUGAUCAGUUUCAUUUUUGUUAUCGUGCAGUGUUAGAGUACUUGGAAUCCAAAGAGAUAUACUCCAAUGUCUUGUAGAAUGGACUUACUGAAGAUUUAAUUUUCUACCAUUUGCUGUUCUGCUGAUGUCAGCUUAAAUUAUACACAGUUAAAUGCUUGAAUUUGCUGCUGUCAACUGUAUACCUAAACAGUUGAGCUGGAAAAUGGUGAUGCCAGCAGGAAAGUUUGAACAAUUGGAGAUUAUUACAGAGAUGUUGGACCUGCUGUAACAUACAUUACUAUAAAGUAUUUACAAGACUUUCUGAUGAACACUUGACUUUAGUUAAUGACUACAUAUUUUAGUUUAUCCUGAAAAACAGAUGAUAAAGAAAUAUGUUAGAUCUUAAACAUUGUAAAUGUCAUACUUAAUGUUAUAUAGUUGUCAAGGUACAUACCCAUUAUGUACUAGGGGUGAGGUAUUGGUAGAGAAGAAUGUUUCAUAGACUCAUAUAAACUUUCAGAUCAGAAUCACCUGAAAGCUGUGAAAUAGCAAGCUUCUCAACAUUCUGAUCAGACACAAUGUAUAUACUGUGUUUAUACACAUACAGGAUUGUUACCUAGGAGCUCAUGUUACCUACAUAUGUUUUGUUUUUAAGCUUUUAAUCAUUAAUAAAAAACAAAAAUGCAUAGAAGAGAUUUUACACCUGUUGUGUUUUGUAUAUUCUAU